UCUGUGCAUAUAAUUUACGGUACAUGUACUUAACUAGGUUCCUUCAUGCACUCCUAUUUACUUUCUUGAUUAUUCGGCUAUUAAUAUCAUGUUUGUUUCUACAAAAUGAGGCUCGAGGUGUGUAUCGAUAGCUUGGAAUCAGCGCAAAACGCUGUACUUGGUGGAGCUGAUGAAUUGGAAGUAUGCAACAUACUCACCGAAGGAGGUCUUACUCCAUCCCCAGGACUCGUCGCUGAAGUUAUAAGUUUUGUUAAUGAGGAGUAUCUGAAGAAUAAAAAUCAGCAGAAAUGCAAAGUUAACAUCAUGAUAAGAUGUCGAAGUGGAUCUAAUUUCUGUUACUCAGCGCAGGAGAUGACAACAAUGCUAGCUGACAUAGAAUUUUACAAAACAAUGGAAAUAGAUUCAUUUGUAUUUGGAGCAUUAACUAGUGAUAAUGACAUAGAUGUAGAAAACUGCAGAAGAGUUAUAAAUAAAGCCCAUCCCAUUCCUGUAACAUUCCAUAGAGCUUUUGAUAUUUGUAAGGUACCAGAGGAAGCGAUAACUAAAAUAAUUAAUUUAGGAUUUAAAAGAUUACUGACCAGUGGCCAGAAGAUAUCGGCUUCAGAAGAAGAAGCUAAAGAACUGAUAAGAAAGUUACUUCAACAUAAAAUAGAAAUCAUGCCCGGAAGUGGGGUUUCAUACGAGAAUGUUAUGGAUUUCUUCAAGUUAGGUUGUAGAAUUGUGCAUAGCUCUUGUAAGGCCACACAGAAGUUGCAAUGUGGUUCUAUCAGCAUGGGGUCACCAGAAGUAUAUAUCACUAGUUUUGAAAAUGUCAGAAAAAUUAAACAGAUUGAGUUUCCUGUCAACAUAUGAAUUUAUCAAUUAAGGAACCCUAAUGUAUGGAAGCAGCUGACUUCGCGUUCCUGCAAGUUUCCCAUCAACAGUGGCCAGCGAGUUCUCAGAAUCCCGUACAAUAGGCUAUUCUUUUAGGUCCCCAUUUUAAUCCCAGAACCAUAUUUACAACAUUGUCGCUUCUUAAUCUCACAUCGAUUAGGGCAGUC